AUGAGGCUCAUCAACACUCACACAUGGGUCUUGGAAGAAUUCUACGCCCGCAUCCCACGCUAUGCCAUUCUCUCGCACACAUGGGGCGAAGACGAGGUUUCCUUCCAGGAUAUGCGGUCGCCAGAACGACAGCGCAAGAAAGGAUUCACGAAAAUCCUCCAGGCCUGUAAAUUGGCAAGAGCUGACAAGCUCGACUACGCCUGGGUUGACACCUGUUGCAUCGACAAAUCGUCAAGUGCCGAGCUGACAGAGGCCAUCAAUUCCAUGUUCCAAUGGUACAUGCACGCGGCGAAAUGUUACGUCUUCAUGGAAGACCUCCAGAGACUGGACGAGAAUGCUAUAUUACCCCAGUGCCGAUGGUUCACCAGGGGAUGGACCUUGCAGGAGCUACUUGCGCCGAAGGUCCUCGAGAUCUUCAACAUGCAUUGGGAAUUCGUGGGUACCAAGGCAGACUACGCCCGUGCCAUUUCCGUCGCCACCGAGAUUCCCGAAGCCGUCAUCGUCGGUGAUCAGGCCCUGAGCACCUGCUCUGUCGCGGCGAAAAUGUCGUGGACUGCACGGCGCGAAACGACUCGCACCGAGGAUAUGGCCUACUGUCUCCUGGGCAUCUUUGACGUCAACAUGCCGAUGUUGUACGGCGAGGGGUGGAAAGCGUUCCGUCGACUGCAAGAGGAAAUCAUCAAGCGGUCCAACGACCUGACGAUUUUUGCCUGGAGUUCGUCGGCAGGACACGAACAGAGCUCCCUCCCUCUCCUCGCGGAGUCACCGGCCGCUUUCGCAGGUAGUUCUCAGAUCGUCCCCUUCUCCGACGACUUCGAAGACUUUUCCGUGACGAACAAAGGUCUCUUGAUCUCUGGCGACGCUCCUUUGCGAGUCGUGGCGCCCGUCGUGGAAGGCCCCGAACGUUCGACGGAGCGCUACGUCCUGCAUCUCGGCCACGACAAGUCGACGAAUGCCGACGGAGGCAUCUAUCUCCGGAAAAUCGGACCGAAGAUCUAUUGCCGCGAUGGCAGCUAUCCUCUGGCAGGAUUCGGGAGGAGCAAGUACAUCGAACGCCACCUCCUCGACACGACCGAUUACUACAUAUUGAUUGAUCCACUCAUGGCCACGACCAUUUCGCGCUUGACGUUUCGGUCGCGCGCAAUCCACGUCCCGACCACUGGUAUGUUUCGGCUGACUGCGCAGGCUCCUGAGCUCUUGUGGGACCGCACUGAUCGUGUCUUUUUGCGGCCAAAGGCGUACAAGUUCACGCACACAAGGUCCGUCCUGUUCCUGGGCUUCAAGGGAAACUUGUCUGUCGGGAGACCUGUUAGGUUCUUUGUGUUUUGCGACUACCGUGGGCCUUCACCGUCGUGUAAGAUGAUGUUAUGGGACGAGGAUGAUUCGCACUCCAGCGUCCCAUUUGCAGAUAAAUACCGAAUGGAAACCACAACCUGGACCGACAUUGUGACUCAGCUUCCGGAGUUGGACAAGGCAGAAAACAGCAUUGGUGUCAAGGUUGGAAGUCAAGUAUAUAUGAUCAUCGCCUCGUUCAGGAAGGGCAUUGUAGAGAGUCUGUCUAAAGAAGUGGAUUUGUUCAUUCUCGAAUUUGGUGUUGAGAGAAGGCCGUUCAAUUCGAAGACUGAUGUAAGUCUGAGGUCUCUGUGA